UCCCGUGUACUGGACCUGGAGCAAGCUGUACUCGGACCAGAUGCUGGUGUGUCCAGCAGUGCACCCUCUAACCGCCAACUGGAGGAACGUGUAGACUAUGUCGUCGCAAUGCUCAGCGACAUCAGCACCUUCGCUGAGCCGACCACCAUCAGCAAUCAGCUGGAUACCUUGAAGACCAAGGUCCAACAACUGCAGUUGCCUAACAAGAAUGGCAGCAGCACACAGCAUUACAAGAUGCCAACUUUUCAAAUUGAGAAGUUCAAUGACUCCACACAUCAGGACCCGGUCCUCUGGUGGGAAGGUUUCACGACACAACUUCGGAUUCUGCAAGUCGCCAAGCACGCGUACGUCGGCGCCCUGUUUCUUAACUCAAAGGGCGGAUGCCAGAUCUGGUUAAGCCACCUGGCAUCCACCCACGGUGUCGACGUCGCAGAUCUGAAAGACAAGAUCUCAUGGGAAGAGUUAACACGGCUAUGGAAGAAGCGGUUCAUCGUGGACGACAAACCUGCACUCGCCAUCAACCGUCUCUUCGCCAUGACGCAAGGCAACACAGCAGCACGUGACUGGCUCACGGAAUGGCAGAAGAUCGCGGCAACACCCGAUGUGGACUUACCAUUUCCACAUCUGCGUCGCGAGUUCUAUAACAGGUCAUGUGCUGCAUUGAGCCUCGCACUUGGUGAUCGCGAGCAAUAUGCAACCUUCGCCGAAAUCAUUGACAAGGCGAGGGAGAUCAUCAAGACCAACAGAGUGGCCGCACACGAGAAGUCAACGUGGCAGCCAACCUAUGUAGAGAAGGUGAGAACUGGUCCGCGACAGCAGCAGUUCGCUGCAGUCCAAUCGGACAACACUGUGGAAGACCCGGCAGCAACCCAAGCGUCACCUUCGCCGCCAUCUACCGCCGGGGAUUCAACGUCAUGGUCAAGACUUGAAGAGAUCGACCCAUUGACAUUUGUGGACUUCCAAUGGAUGCCCCUUCCCCAGUCCGGUCGAUUGCCGAAACCGCAUUGCAACUUGCUCAAGGCACAAUUGCGGGAUUACUUCCACACUGCAGUACCAACUCCGUUGAUGGACGCCGGAGUAGAGGUUGUCGACCUUUACGCCUACAUUGCGAAGAUCGACCGCGAGUUCAAGACGCAACGGUACGACGACAUCGACGCACCAUUGCUAUAUGUACGCAUUCAGAUCGGAGAGGCGACUUGCAGCGCUUUGAUCGAUUGCGGAGCAUCUCGCAACUACAUGAGCCAGGACUUUAUGGUACUCGCCGGCCUUGGCCCACGAGUCCGAAGGAAGUCCCGGCCCACGCAAGUCAUGUUGGCGGACGGUCACAUGCACAAGUCAAUCGACCGGUGCAUUGAUGACUUCCCAGUGUACUUUGCCCCUCAUGCAAGUGAGGCGGUGUCCUUUGACAUUCUGGACACCAAAUUCGACAUGAUCUUGGGCAUGUCAUGGCUGCGAACCGAGGAUCACCCGGUGAACUUCUACUGCCGCACCGUUCAUAUUCGUGAGCGGAACGGAGUACUAGUCCCAUGCACGGUAGCUCCUCCUCACUCUUCAAUCAGCUGUCACGUGGUGUCCGCCGCAAGCAUGCGAGCUUCCAUCAUCAGAGAUGACAUCGAGGUGAUGGGGGUGUGUUUUCUCCACACCCUCCCGCCCCAUGACGCUUCACCGACGGACUCAUCUUCGGAUCCACGCAUCACCGAGCUUCUCGACGUCUACGGCGACGUGCUCGAAGGCCCACAUGGAGUAGUACCGGAUCGCCCCAUCCGCCACGAGAUCAUCCUCGAGGACGGAGCCGUCCCUCCGCGUGGUCGCAUCUACCGAAUGAGUGAGGAAGAGUUAAGUGUGCUACGGGCACAACUCGACGACCUUCUAGAGAAAGGUUGGAUACGACCUAGCUCAUCGCCAUACGAUGCUCCUGUUCUUUUCGUCCGGAAGAAGAACAAGGAUUAGAGGUUGUGCAUCGAUUAUCGCACGCUCAACGCG